CACUACCUAAUCUACAUAUUUACAUGCGCAACAUGACUAACUCCCACCCUUCAACAGAGUAGAGAAAUGCUGCCCGGACGCAAUGGCGACAUGGAAGGAGCUUGGAGAGGUGCCAGAUUCGGACGACGAAAGCGGAUUCGAUAGUAGUUCAGAAUCUGAAUGUGAACUCCCACAACAACCAAGCAGCCCUGGCGACAAUCCUGGCAUCGAAAAUGCACUUGAGGUUGGGGGCAUAGAAACAAAGAAGAGGACUGUUUGGGAUAUACCUCUUUCCUCUCAAAAUUCUGGAAAAGAAUGCGAUGCAGUUGAAUAUCCGAAUUCUCUACCACUUCAAGCGCCCCUCGAACCGGAAUCUAUACAACAACUCGAUUCGUCUCCUCUUUCAUCGCCACUCCCUGAGCCACUUGAUGACUUCGACAAUUCCAUAAAACCUGCAGAGACUGAGAAAGCGGAGCUAGAUACUCCUCAAGCACCCGAAGCACCGCCUGCUAAACAGUAUACAACCGCCGUAUUUGAGGUGGAGGAUACUUUCGAGGAUGAAGUUGACUUCGCACAGGAAGGGACUCGACUCGGGAGAUCAUUGAGACCAAGGAAGCCUAUUCAAGAACAUCCUUACUUGCUAGAGAGCGCCCAAUAUAGCAAAACUCUGAAGUCUCAUGGUGUACGGCCCUUACGUGUGCAAAUUGAAGAGGCAGCGAGAAAGAGGCAGGAGGAAGAAGACUCUCAAGAACAAGACUAUGAAGAUGACAGUCAAUCGACAGCGCGAGGAUUUGUGCAGGAAGACUCUGGAGAGAGCCAAGAAAUCCAGCCUGCAGCAUUAUUUGAGGAUACCGAGGGGGAGGCCGGCCCAGCAAGUAGUCCACCACCUCCAGAACGUCGAGAGGAAGCACCUGUGCCUUUGUUAGGAAGCUCUCAAGGCGACGAUGAAUUUCCCGACCCUGCUGAUGUAGCUAAGUGGAAUUUGGGGAAGAGGCCGAUUGGGAGUGUGAAGAGGCAGGCUUCGCCCAGAGUUUCCAAGAAAAGAAAGCUCCCAAAGUUGCAUCAGCCUGCGAGACUCACGAGAGAGGCUUCGCCUUCACCAUAUUCUAGCCAUAUCUUCGAUAUUCCUCCCUCACCUCCUCAGACUAGCCCGAAUUUCCUCACGGCUACGCCUAUUACCGCCAUUAGACGCUCAGUACCUGUAACGACGCUUACACCAAAACGAAGUAGCACAGUAUCAUCACAGAAUCAGAGUCCUGCUCCCGCUAACCAAAACACCAGCAUGAUUGACCUUACAGCCAUGGCGGAUACAAGUAGUGAACACAAUUCGGGCUCAAGCAGCGACUCUGAAAGCGAGUCAGAGACGGUACAAGCUACUAUGAGAAGAAGAAUGCGUGGUGUAUUGCCGGCAUCUUGGCUUCGACUUGACCAGCAAGGAACCCGCCAGAAAAGUACGCAAGCUAUCCCGCAGCGGAGCCCAGGUCGUUCUCCAGAAAGGACUCAGAGAAAAGGUGUAGCCCAACGCCGGCAGAUUUCACCUAAGCCUAGCAAUAGAGCGGCUCUAUUUCUUGAUGAAUCUGACGACGAAGACGUGACUUUACGAGCCGACGAGAUUGACGAACCUCGUAUCAACAACCAGACGGAUUUUUCUAUCUUUGAAGACGAUGCUGCCUCCGUUAUUGAAGAUGAUCCUAUUGAUUUUAUGAUGCCUGGAAGGAAAAGAACCAAUACACACCUGAAUGGAUCGGAGAGGCCUCGGAAACGAAAGAAAAACCAACAAUCUACAUUUAAAGGCCAACCAGGGCAAGCGAAGCGACAGCAGAGGAUUACUGGGUUACUGGGUAGGACGAAGGGCUCAUCAGCUGGGAAGAGUGUUCAAAGGCAUCUCACUAGUAGUAGCUCUAAAAUUCAUCGAAUGAGAGAUCUUGGUAGGGCGCCAGCUAGGUCUACGCCGCCCCCUCGACUUGGCAUUUUGGAUGUCGUUGAACCAGGCGCGCCUUCUUUUAUUCGCAUAGCUGCCCGAACAGCAAACCGAAGACAGGAUAAGGGCAGAUCGAGCCCCUCAAAGAAACAGAUUGCAUUAGGGACGCGCCAAGACAACGUUGAUGCCAUCAGUGCUCUUAGAGAUUGGAAAAAGGGUCGUAUUCAACCAAGGACGUCUUCUGGCGCCUUAGAAAAGCUCCAAGAAAAUCCACCAAAGUCCCUUCGGCCCCUUUCCAAUAAUUCUGUCGUUCAAGCUCCGAAAACAAGUUCGAAGCCACGACACCGUCAAGUUGUGCCCUCAAGCCAUUUUUCACAACCCCAACGAAUGGUCAAGCAGGCAAGCAUCGACAAUUUCGUGACCGUUGAAGCUAUAACACCAUAUCCAUCAACGUACCUCCAUUCUACGGUCUCUGUACCUAAACGUUCUCAAAUCGCUCGAGCAAAGACGUACAGCAACGCAACUUCCAGGCCCGCGCAGCUUGAAACAGCUGGCGAAAGGGCUGGGCGACAUGCCUUUGAUCAGCGAAAGAGAGUCCUUGAUGCGUUGUAUCGGAAAUCGCGCAGAAACUUACCAACUCUAGCGAGCGGCGGACUCGAUCGACUUGUGGGCGGGAGCGUGCUUAUCGAAAAUCCCAAUCAAUGUGCCGAGGACCUUGCAUCAAAUCAUGAUCCUAAAAGAACUGGUCCUUCAUUAAUACGGAAGCGACUAAAGCCUCGAAAGCAUUUCCUACCUCAACACGUGGAUAUUACCGCUCCUCAAUAUGCACACGCUAAUGACCCCCUACCACAUGAAGUGAGUCUCUUAAGUCCCAUCGUCGAAGAGACGCAUACGACGGACUCUACAGGCAAACUACUAGGGCUUGGUCCAUUCGGUACACAUUAUACUCAGCAUUUUGAGAUAUUCCCACUAGACUUUGGAGUUUUCUUUCAUGAAAGCACACUUCUUGGAAGCGGCCGAUUACUCAAGGCAUCAUAUGAGAGAUCCCCCGAUAGCCUACAUCGCUCCCGGGGUUAUGCUACAUUUACCCUGGAUGAAAAAGCUCUACGAUGGGGUCAGUGGGAUGCACAAACUUCAUCGGAAUUGGGAAUAAUUUUUGACUGGAUGGUGGAUUAUCUUCAUUCUGACUCUCUUGACCUUAACAGAGAUAGGAGUCUGGUACUAGCCGCGGAUUUCGUCCUAGAUUACCUUCAAGAUUACGUGACUUUUUCGGAUGGUGAGAGUGAAAAGCACUUCUCUAGCCGAGUCCUGGAAAUAUUACAUACCUUCACGCAGCGCCUGGACAACCUGAAACCCCAGUCUUCAGAUCGGAUUCGAUCUCACAUAGAAAUUCUAAGUCGCAGCUUGAUCAUCAUAUUCCAAGUCUUGCGUAUUUGCCAUAGCCUUAACCAGCUAUCGGAAAUAUUUCAGCUUGAAGAGCUUUUAUCAAAAAUCGCAAAGAGGACAGUCCGCCAACUGCUCGAGACAGAGUUGGUAGAUGUUCGAAACUUGUACCGCGAUCUACAACGCAUGCCCUUCCGGGAGAGAGGUAUUCACAAUGACAACUACUCGGCGGUUUGCUGGGUUAUUCUCAUCCGAGUGCUCGAAGAAACCCAUAUUCCUAGAUCUGGGUUUUGGGAUGUUGUGUCUUUUGUCAUGCUCAGUAGAAGCCUGACCUCUAUCAGCGAUGCGCACGCCUUCGAGCGGAUCUGGUUCGACCUAUUUACUCUGCUCCCGUUGGGUGAAUUCGAUAAUACUGGUGUUGUUGUGCCGGGUUCUAGGCAUACUACGCCCUUGGAGGGUUGGUCCCUCCCACAGGCGCUACUCCGACGUAUUUUUCAGCUCUACGAAGGUAACUCAAGACAAUCUCCGAGCUUUAACGAUUACUGUCGAGGCAUCGUUAGUCGCUGCCAUUACCUCGUAGAACAGUGGGGAUGGCGAAAGUCCAAUGGUAUAAUAGGGACUAUCUUUGACUUCUUUGCUGCCCGAGGACUCUCUCAUUUGCGGAACGAGGAGGUAUAUAAGUCGCCAGACUUCCUGGAGUGUCUAACAGGACACCCGCCUCUUGCUAUUGUACCAGAGGACAGAUGUUUCCAUAUUUUUCUGAAACUUCUGGCACUAUCUAUUAGGAACUUGGAGAGUCGGGGCUUCACCAAGGACGUCAGAAAUAUGGUGGCAAGAGUAUUACCGAACCAUAAUCGGCAGUAUGAGAAAGAAAAAGAUAUCCAUGAGAGCGACCUGGCCGCCCUUAGAAAUCAUCAUGAUCUCCUCUGCACACUCUUUUGGGCUGCACCGGCGAGUUUGCGGCCAUCCGUCCAGACUAUCGAAAAACUGGUCGUGCCCGCAAGUUCCCAUAAAGAAGCCUGUUUGAUUAGCCUGCGAGCCUGGAGCCAAUUAUCCCGGUUUGUGAUGUCGUCAGAUGAAAGUACUGACGCAUACAAGCCUUUUGCUGAUUGGCAAAAAUCUAUAUUUCAGCAAGUGAUAGAACAGUACUUGUCGGCCGAAUCAGAUAUUCAACAGCAACUCUCACGAAUGUCCAAAGACGCCUCAAAAAAUAUUAGCCGGGAUAUGAUGAACGCGGUUGUUAAACUGAAUAGGAAGAGUGCAAUGGAUGUGAUUCAUUUCUCAAUGAAAGGCUUCCUCGGUGUCAUUAAGCACGCUCCAACGCUUAGUGCCGCUUCAUUUGCCUUGAAUCAUUAUCAACUAGAUCAGGUCUUCACACGUUUCCCAUUUUCAUCCGAAGACUUCGACUGGAGUAGCCUACGAGUUGCCCUAGAUAUUAUCGACCACUACACCACUCGCAUCGAAGAGUUCUUAAUUAAUGGGCCAGAAACAGCCGAUCACUCAUGGCAUGGGGAGGAUGCCAUUAUGCUACUCGAACAUAAAAUGGCCGUGCCUUUCUUCUCGAUGACUCGCACAAUCAUCGGGAUGGAUUUCCGAGAUAGUGGACUUGGUCCUACAAGCGACCGUUCUAUAUGCAUGGAACAAGCCGUGUUGCUCGCAGGACGGCUGGCAGCGCGCUUGGUUCAUGCUCGCCUUUUGCGCGUCUCUCAAUUCUUCGCUACUGGGCGGCAUAGCAUAUUUCACACUAUGUCCAAAGUCAUCAAUUCACCUUCAAGGAGAUAUCAUGCCCUUUUUCUUACCACGCUGAUUCAGCAGGGUAUAGAUGAUUUUAAGGAUUUGGGCGUGACCAUUCUUGAUUUAUUCUUGGUGGAAUUGGUAAAGCCUAUGAGUUUUCUAGCCUAUGAAAACAGGCUUGCUCUAACAAUCAAACGCCACGGUGACCCGUAUCUGAAAAAUGCAGUCGUCGAGAUCGGUAAUAACCCUGAUUAUAAUUCAAAUCGUGAAUUGUUCAGCCGUGUCGUCGCAAUGAUGCGUAAGACGUUACGAUUUACAGAAGUAAACCAGAAACAGCAGCUCCAGUCUCAGUUCUCCAAGGCAUUGAAAAGUACCAUGGACCAAAUGAAAGCUGACCUGAAGUCUAUUACAUUUGAUUCACCCGAGCACGUGGAUUAUAUCGAGUUCGUCCGGUCUAUCGUCACCGUGAUUAGAUCGCAAGACCUGUGCCCUGUGGACUCCUACUUCUAUCAAAUCAGCCGGGAAUAUUCACCCUCUAGUCAAGACCCUCGUCUACAAAUAGCGGGUAUACUAUCAUGGGGUCUCAAGCUAGAAGAGGGUGAUACUAAAGCAACACCUGGACUCUUCUAUCUGCUAUUUCACAAUUUCAAACUUGCCCUCGCGAAUGGCAAUCUUGAGGAUGAAAGCGUCAUCCUCCAACAAGGAAUGGGGAAUCCUGGCGUGUUUUACUUCAUGUUAAGCACGAUGUUUCCAGCAAUCAUAAAAACUGCGCUCUCUGCACCCGAAGGAUGGAUUAUAUUAAUCGCCUACGUUAAUGCCUUUGAAAAACUUCUCACGGCACCUUGUAUGCACAGGGCAAUUGUGGGGGAGGACAUGAAUGGGCUUCUGGCCAUUUUGGCAUCUAGCCUUGCUAGCAUUCACCACCUUCAGAGCCUCGACGCUUUUGAACUGCAUGCAGAAUAUGUCUUGGCCCUUAUUCAGGUCAUGCGCUUCCUCAACUUAGUUUCGCCAUCUUUCACGGCGUACCUGAUAAAUAACCCGGAUUCUCAGGUAGCAGCUGAGAUCACCGAGGCAACCAGUGCGUUUACUGCCUUUACUCGAGCAGCCGGUGAAUACUUGUCCGCUCUUCUCAAUGGAUCAGAACAGGCAAAUAUUGUACAUACCAACGGCUUCUUUCGAGGUAUGUGUGAACUCGCGCCGAAUUCACUUUUACAGCCCAACGAGCACGUCAACAGAUUUGCCAAUCACAUGGUCCGAGAUAUCUGCGAUAACUGGGUGUCAGACGAUUCGGUCAUCAAUAUAAGGGGUCCAUCUAGAGUACGGGAGCCUGGGAAGGGGACUCCAAAUCCGAAACGGGAUGCAAAGAAGCUAAUUCAAACCCUUCACGGGCAGCUUCAGGAAUGGAAUUAUACCAAUGAUGUGGCGACGACAAAGGCUUCAAGGCGAAUUGCGUUGCCGCUUGAAGAGUAUCUGUUUUAGACAUAUAUAAAUGCAUUAAGCCUGGCGUUUGGGUUGCAAUACUUGAGUGGAUAAAUAAAUCACUUUAAAUUCCUAUUUAUUGAUAUCAAUAUACCGACGGCGGGCCAUAAGAACAAAUCCGCCAACCCGCCA